AGCCGCGCGAUGGCGCAGGCCGGGCGCGCCGAGCCGGGGAGCCUGGGCCGGCGGCCCGCGUCCCGGGGACUCCCGCCGUGCGCCUGGGGCCUCGUGCUGCUCUGGCUGACGGCGACUGCGGGCGUCCCCGCCCGGCGCCACUGGCCGGUGCCCUACAAACGCUUUUCUUUUCGUCCAGAGCCAGAUCCUUAUUGUCAAGCCAAGUACACAUUCUGUCCAACUGGCUCCAGCUUCCCAGUUAUGAAAGAUGAUGAUGUCAUCGAUGUCUUUCGGUUGCAAGCUCCAGUGUGGGAAUUUAAAUAUGGAGACCUCCUGGGACAUUUGAAAAUCAUGCAUGAUGCCGUCGGAUUCAGGAGUACACUGACUGGCAAGAACUACACAAUGGAAUGGUAUGAGCUUUUCCAGCUUGGCAAUUGCACGUUUCCUCACCUCCGACCGGAAAUGAAUGCCCCUUUCUGGUGUAAUCAAGGAGCUGCCUGCUUCUUUGAAGGAAUUGAUGAUCUCCACUGGAAGGAAAAUGGGACGUUAGUUCUAGUAGCGACCAUAUCAGGAGACAUAUUUAACAAAAUGGCAAAAUGGGUGAAAAAGGACAAUGAAACAGGGAUUUACUAUGAGACAUGGACUGUGCGAGCCAGCCCCGAGAGGGGGGCAGAAACGUGGUUUGACUCCUACGACUGUUCCAAAUUUGUGUUAAGGACAUACGAGAAGUUGGCUGAGCUUGGAGCAGAGUUCAAGAAGAUAGAAACCAACUACACAAGAAUAUUUCUUUACAGUACAGAACCUACUUACUUGGGAAAUGAAACAUCUAUUUUUGGGCCAACAGGAAACAAGACUCUUGCAUCAGCCAUAAAAAAAUUUUAUUAUCCCUUCCAACCGCAUUUAUCAACCAAAGACUUUCUGUUGAAUCUCCUGAAAAUUUUCGAUUCAGUGGUUCUCCACAGACAGUUCUACUUGUUUUAUAAUUUUGAAUACUGGUUUUUACCUAUGAAGUUUCCAUUUAUUAGAAUAACAUAUGAAGAAGUCCCGUUACCUGACAAAAAACCAACACUGCCUGCUUUAUGAAACAUGAAUUCUACUGUCUGCUCUCCCGCCACCAGCAUCUUGUGUCAGCGGCUAGGUUUACAUUUGGUGAUUGCUCAGCCUUUCACCCUGGAGCAGACUGUGAAAGCACACAGUGGCAGAAUUGCUGCACGUAACUUCUCAGGGAUUGACUCUCAAAAGCAAUGGAAACGCUUCCUCUCCUGGCAGAAGCAAGCAUGCUGUGUGAUCCGGAUUUCAACUCCCACGCCUUUGCUAAUACGGAGAACUGUGCCUUGCAUUAGACAUGUACAGUCUUCAGAGCCAGCAUUUUUAAAGUUGUGGAUAUUGGUGUGCCAAGAUUUCUUAAAUAUCCCCAACAUUUUCAUGGUGGGAACUGUUUUUUUGUGGAGUGAUAACCGCUUUUCAUAUGGUGUGUUCACUUCGAUAUUUUUAAAAAUGGCUAUGCCAGCUUGGCCCCUGUUACAGGUCCAGUAAUCUAACUGCAUUCCAUUCACUUGAACUUGACCAUGUGCGCUUCCAGAUGUGGAGAAUAGUGUUAAAGAGCAGGAACUCUCAUUCUGAACUAGUAGUUAACUGGCUUUUGUGAUUUGAAGCAACUUCUCUCAGCCUGCUUCCUUAUUCUUAAAAUCUGUCAGGAUUGUUGUCAAGAUUGAAGUCAUGGCUGUCUGGCAUCAUAAGGUCACGAUCAGUGGUAGCAACGAUUAAUCAAA